CGUGUAAACCUUGUGAAUGCUCCACAGUUUCUCUAGGUUUCCAAUCCCACCGCGACCUGCGUCAGUGCAUAGUACAGCCUCCAGCACUGACUCUGAAGAAUGUGAUGACAAUUAUGUGCCAAUGGUGCCCCCAGACGAACCAAACAUGAAGCUUGUUCCACCAAUGACUGCUGAUGGUGGAAGCAGCCCCAUGUCGAAACCCAAAGGAGACAAGCAGGUGGAGUAUCUCGAUUUGGAUCUUGAGUCUGGAACCUCUACUCCACCGAGAAAGAUGAAAAGCAAUGGGGCGGGCAUGCCUGCGUCAGACGAGCGCGUGGACUACGUGGUGGUGGACAGGCAGCGGACUCAGGCUUUAAAGAGCACCCGAGAGGCCUGGAACGACGGCCGGCAAUCCACAGAGACAGAGACCCCCAACAAAGGAACCAAGUGAAGAGCAGAGUCCCACCCUUCCCCACUUUCUCCCCCCAGCCUACAGCAGCCCCCCACAGAGCUCAGGCCUGUUUAACUCUUGGAGGCUCUCGUGAAGCCCUGGUCCCGUCUGUGCUGUUCUCAGUGGGAGAGUGGAGCUGCUGUCUGUCUGGAGCUCACUGUGCUUCUGUACGUGGAGUGUCGGCCAAGAAUAAGCUGUAUGCAAUGUGAACGCAGGUGACAGACUGGACUUGAAUAGGGUUUGACUGUUGCCCCCUUUUGUGGAUACAUUUUCUUUUUCAAUCAGAGUCCAAAUUUUUGCUUUGUUUUUCACCUUGAGUUAACAUUUCCUAAAUUUUUAAUGCUGUUCUCGUUCUGAAUUCAAGGUAAAAUCGUAGAUUGCGACAGCUAGCGCGGAGUUGCUCGAAACUAUUUUGAUAACUUGACUUGAUUUCAAACGGCAAACAGUCUGGCCAAUGGUAUGAAGUUGUUAUUGGAGCAGUUUGUGAAUCUCUAAUGAGAAAUGCGACUUUUACAACGCCGCUUUUCAGUCUUCCUGGCUGGUCUCUUCCAGGACAAAAUCUAAAAUCCACCCGGAAAACAACAGCAUAUCUGAUCCUGCUUUAAUUACGUGUUAAACUUUGGAACUUUUGCACUGAUUAAACAUAAAAGAGGCUUUAUUUAGCUUUAAACCAAUGAAAACUGGUAAUUAGCUUAAUGAACCCCAUAUCAGACCUUGCACUGCCAGUGUUCAGAUUCCAGUAUUUUACACGCACUUGCCAGCUUAUUAAAGGUGCAUUGUGUAACUUUUCUGGUGGAGGGAUCGUCACCUGCUUGUUUCUGUACUGUUGUUGUCUUUAGUCUGCCUGGAAUGUUCCACAGUAUGACAUUAAGCAGCUCUACUUGAUUUUUAUUCAAUUACAAGUGGUUUUAUAGCUCAAAAAUACCUACAAAAACAGACAUUCUGACUGUGAGCAGGGUCGUCUCUCCACAGAUCUGACCUGUAACUUGGUCUGGUUUGGUUUCCAAGGAGAUAGAAAGGUUUAAUACCAUACGGUGAAACAUUCAAGACAAAGCAAUAACCAGAAGGAGGCCCCAGGGAAGAACCAGGACACGUUGAAGGGUCUCUUGGCUGGCCUGGGAAAGCCUCGGAGUCCCCCCUUGGAGGAGCUGAAGGAAGUGUCUGGGGUGAAGGAAGUCUGGGAGUCCCUGCUUAGACUGCUGCCCCCUUGACCCAGCUCUGGAUAAGCGGAAAAAAAACACGGAGAAAAGCAUUUGACCGACCCUCCACCACAAAAAGUUGCACCUUUACGAACACGGUCUACAAAGCCGUUUAGUUCUUCAUAUAAACUUUUUUUUUCAUUACAGUAAUCUACAGGGAUAUUUCGGAUUGUUUCUCAGUCUCUGACAUAUGCAAGCACCAGAUUCACAGAUGUUUUGCUACAAUGACAACAGCCUUAUGGACGUGGAUUCUCUCUGUCAGUCUAUGUAGGGAUAACUGUGAUCUCCAAGGACAUGCACAACUCACGCGGUCAGUUUUGGGCUACGUUCAGUUCGAAUUUUAUAAUUUUUUUCAACUUUUUCCACAAGUGCUUCAAUCCAUCACGAUAAAAGCACAAAACUGUACAAAAGUGUUAUGUAAAUAUCCAAAUAAGUGUCCUUUAUUUGUAUGCGUUUUCCAGUGUGUGACUAAAAGGCUUGUGGAUUCUGCAGGGUAGAAUCCUCCGUCUGAUCGAAUAGCGUCAGGACUAAAGAAUGAAUUACUGUGAGUUUAAAUCCAUUGUGACAUGAUUUCUCUAGGUUAUGCAAAGGUGGUAAACUUAGGCUAGAGAGAGCAAAUCAGGUACUCUUUGCAAUGACAUACUAUUAACAGCUAUUCAUUUGUAAUUUAUUUUUCACAUUAUUUUAUCGGGAGAUGUCCUGUUCAUUUUGUCUGCAUAGUUUUACAUGCACCGCAGUUACAUUCACAUGCUCACUGAGAUUCCAAACUCUGUUGUCUUAGGUUUAAUUUAUUUGAAAUUGAACUGCCAUAAUGUUUUAAUCAAACCCUCAUGUUCUCAUCGACAUAAGUCUGUGCUUCAAGCCUCACGCAUGUGUUCAUCAAAUACAAUAGUUCUGCUGUAUAUAGACUGCCAUUGAUUUGAUAAAUGAUUAAAAAUUUGCCUACUAAGCCAUCUUUGUCACUCUCUUGGUCACUUUCUUUGUGAUACAAACUGCAAGGCAGGUGAUGCUUUAUCUUUUUUAAUAAUUCUUGACAGAAAUGUAAAUUUUAAAAUUGAACUAAAUAAAAAAACAACUUUAAAA